AUGUCAAAUAAUAUUGACAAUAAUUUAAAUCCUAUUGACGAUUGUUUAGCAUCUUCUUCAAUGAAUAAAAAAUCUAAUCCUGGAGCUAAAUUGCGAAUGUACUGGCUUUCAGAAAUCCAGAAAGAACUUGAAUAUUAUGGGAAAGAUUUAACUGAAGAAGAAUUAUGGACCUUGAAUUCUGGUACAUUUGUGGCUUCUGAGACAAAACUUAAUAUCAAAGAUAUAGCGGAUCUUACAUUAUCUUUUUUUAAUAACAAUAACACAGAAACAUAUUGUAAAAACUUUAAACCACAAUCUAAACCUACAUCAAGCAAAGGUCACAAAAAUAUGGAUUUUGAAGCAUCGAAUGUUGUUGAUGAGGUCUUAGGACUUGAGGAUGAUAAUAAUCAGCUUUAA